AGGUGUUCAAUUAGCGUGUAUUGGCCUCACAUGGUAACAUUAUAAAACGCCAGGCUUUAGUAUUUGGAGGUUUUUUUUGUUGUUCGUUUUGCUUUCGUCAUUGUGAUGGGUGGCUGUUUGUUUCUUUGUGCAGUAUUCUUGCAGUUGUCAAUGUCCUUGCGAGCCCGAACAGUUAUUUCAUCCGGAAGAAGUCAUUUGAACUGCCCCCUGGACGCCAAACAGUGCAACGAUGGCUUAGCUUGUGUCCCCUACAGCCAUGUGUGUAACGGUGAGCCUGACUGCACGGAUGGUUCAGAUGAAGAGGACUGUGGAUUCGAAUGCGACGAAAAUCAGUUUCAGUGCGACCAGAAGACGUGCAUUGAAAAGGACCAGGUUUGUGAUGGGGUCCCUCAGUGUCUGGACCGUUCUGAUGAACUGCAGUGUGCAAAGAAAACUGAAGGCUGUGCUCAUCUCUGUGACGAGAGCCACUGCCUGGCUGCAAACCUCCUGUGUGACGGAGUCAAGAACUGCUUAGAUGGCACGGAUGAGGCCAACUGUGAGCAACUAAUUGAAAACGGCUAUUCUAAGGAAGAAGGGACCGACGUAGCGGCUGCCUUUGUGGGCUCCUCUAGCUCCAUGUGUGGUUUCAGCCAGAAGCCCUGCAGAGACAAUAUAGGGUGUGUCCCCUACAAUCAUCUCUGUGACGGAGAAGCAGACUGUGCGGAUGGCUCAGACGAGGAUCAAUGUUUGUCAGAAUGUGAAAUGGACCAGUUCCAGUGUGCUCAUAGGAAAAAAUGCAUAGAGAAGAGCCAGAGGUGUGAUGGUGUACCACAGUGUCAAGACCGCUCGGAUGAGCUGGGAUGCGCCAAGCACAUGGACGGCUGCACUCACCGCUGUGACGACAACAGCCGCUGCAUUCCUAGCAGCUUCCUAUGCGACGGGGAGAGCGACUGUUCGGAUGGCAGCGAUGAGUCAAACUGUGGUGCUGAUGAGGGCUGCAGUAGCACAGAGUUUACAUGUACCAAUGGCCAGUGUGUGUCUGGUGCAAUGCGCUGCGAUGGCCACCCAGACUGCAGGGACCGCUCCGAUGAGGAGAGCUGCACUAAAGCCCCAGCCUGCACCACCAAACAUCGCUGUCCACAUAGCAAAGAGUGCCUGGUGCAGGAAUGGAUCUGUGACGGGGACCAGGACUGCAAAGACGGCACCGACGAAAAGGACUGUCCCAGGACCACCCUGACCUGUGGAAAGUUCCAGUGGUCGUGUGCUUCCAAGACAAAGUGUGUUCCUGCAGCCUGGAGGUGUGAUGGCAUGAAGGAUUGUGAUGAUGGCAGUGAUGAGACCGAAUGUGGGACGGUCACCUGCCUCCCUCACCAGUUCCAGUGUGGCAGCAACGAGUGCCUGGAUCCAGUCCUGGUGUGUAAUGGCAUUACAAAUUGUGCAGAUGGUUCAGAUGAGGGCGGCGACUGCCACAUAGAGUGUACAGAGGCAGGCGAAGGCCGUUGCUCCCAUGGCUGCCACAGCACUCCACAGGGAACGCACUGUGGCUGUGAAGCAGGCUAUAGACUCCUGGAAGAUGGUCAGACAUGCGCUGAUGUUGAUGAGUGUGAAAUCCAGAACCCAGGCGUGUGCAGUCACUUGUGCGUCAACACGCCUGGCUCCUACCAGUGUCACUGUCAUCCAGGCUACAUAACAGAGGCUGGUGGACAGCAAUGCAAGGUCAAAGGGGAACCGUUUCUGUUGUCUUCAGUCCAAACUGACCUGUUCAUGGUCGGCCUACUUAGUGGCAGCUUAGAUGUGUUGUCGUCCUCUGCGAAGAAGGCCAUUCUGUCUCUGGACUAUGACUGGAGGGAGCAGAGGGUCUACUGGGUCAGUCUGGACACGGAGAGCAUCAGAUGGUCCACGCUAGACCAGAAGACCACAGGAACGCUGGUUAAAGGAGUUAGGGCUGAUUCUGUAGCCGUGGACUGGCUUGGGAGGAACCUGUACUGGAUUGAUGGGGUGAACAGUCAGAUCGUUGCCACCAGACUGGCCACAAACACAGUGAAGUCACUGGAGCACAGCGCCAUAUUGGAUGAAGACCUCGAUCAGCCUCGCUCUCUGGCCCUGCUCCCACAAAAAGGGCUCAUGUUCUGGACUGAGAUAGGUAAUGUAGUGAAGAUCGAGCGUGCUGGCAUGGAUGGGUCCGAGAGGAGAGCAGUGGUGAACUCCAGUCUGGGCUGGCCCGGUGGCGUGGCUGUGGACGCGGUCGCUGACAGAGUCUACUGGACAGAUGAAAGGCUGCGUGCGAUCGGAUCCGCAACGCUGGACGGAGGCGAUAUUCGGAUUCUGCAAAUGCAAGAAACCACCAACCCGUUCUCCCUGGCAGUGCUGAAUGACAUGCUCUACUGGUCUGACCCCAAGAAGCGAGUGGUGCAGGCUGCCCACAAAACCAGUGGCAAAUCCCGCACAGUUCUCCUGAAACGCCCUAGACAACCUUUUGGCAUUAAAGUCGUCCACCCAUCGCUCCAGACGGCCGUUGACAGCCCCUGUGAGAAGUUGGGCUGUUCCCACAUGUGCGUUUUGGCGCCGGGGCCCAAGGCCGUGUGUAAAUGUCCCUCUGGGCUGUUGCUGUCCAACGAUGGUUUGACCUGCUCCGCUCUGGUCAAUUCGGCUUUCUUGCUGAUGUUGUCUCCCUCCACAGUCACCCAGAUCUACCUGCAGUCUCGACACACAGCCACAGGGCUGAAGGGCUGGCCUGAACACAUGGCCCUGCAGGUGCCCACCAUCAGUGACGCUGCCUUUACAGACUACAACCCACGUGACCACCUCAUCAUCCUGAGCGAUGACGACGCAACGUCUCUGAGCUCCUUCAGACUGACGGACUCGGACUUUGUGGGUCGAAACAAGGUUCUGAAGCUCCUGGAUGACGCGAUCACCGCCGUGGCUCUGGACUGGGUGACGCGUAGCGUCUACUGGAGCGGCAGCAAACAGGCCGGUCUGCACGUUACCUCCGCUACAGGCGCACACACCGCUGUGCUGAUCAAGGAAGGCAUCGGAGAAGUCAAGUCCAUCGCGCUGCAUCCGCCCAGUGGCAGUGUUUGUUUCAGCAACCUGGACCAGCACGGUGCAGGCACGGGGGCCGUUAUAGAGUGCGCCAAUAUGGACGGCGGCGUGCGGCGCGUGGUGCGGGGGAACGCAGUGCAGCCCACGUCUCUGGUUUUCUCUAGUGAAGGGGAUUGGGUUUACUGGGCUGACACUGGUUUGGGGAUCAUUGGUUCGGUCCAGGUCACUGGAUCUGGAUACACGGAGGUGAAGGCUGCUCCAGGCCUGGCUGCUGUGGCUCUGAGUGAUGAAACGCUGCUGUGGAUGACCGUCGGUGAUCAGACCAAGGUCUGGUACAGAGAUGAGCAGCAUCAGAACCAGCUGUGGUUUGAGGUUGGCACCCAUGUGGUCAGCUUUAAGGCGUUCGGCACAUCGAGUCAGGCGGGCUCUAACCAGUGCACAGAUGAUAAUGGCAGCUGCCAGCACUUGUGCCUUGCCGUUCCAGGAGGUCGGACAUGCAGUUGUGGCCACGACCACAUCCUAGUGAACGCCACCCACUGUAGCCCAGGGCAGCAGUGCCCUGCUGGCAGCAGGCUGUGUCUGGAUCAGCUCUCGUGCCAGCCUGUUGAAAAGCUGUGUAAUGGCCACGCAGACUGCUCAGACCAAUCCAAGGACAUCUGUGUGAGUCUGAAGCAGCAGCCGGUGGUGGAGGCUGCCCUCCCCACCCAGUCUGUCACGUCCACUGCUUCCCCCUCCCCUGACCUCCCCCUGUCUGAAACCACAUACCUGAACUCCAGCCUGAACGUCAGCAGCCAGCCUGUGAACCUGGACCGAGAGCGGUGCAGCCACGGUCGCUGCAGUGGCAACGGACAGUGUGUGGAGAGCGACGGGGAAACCGUAUGCGUGUGUUCACUGGGGUACAGUGGUGAUGCCUGUCAGAACCAGAUGCUGAAGACCAUGCAGGGCCCCAUCGUCUACGGAGCUGCAGGGCUUUGUGCAGGAGUUGUGGUCAUCGCUGUGAUGGCACUUGUGGUCAAGAGGAGGAAAAGCACCAACUUGAGGAGAGCCAGCUCAGGAGACGUGAAAGGAACCAGCUUGACUGACCUGGAGAACAAGGCAGAGACCGCCCCCAGUGCACAGACUGCUUCAGCGGCCGUGGAAAAACCAGAGGAAGCGGUAGUGGUCUCCUCUUUGGACUGAGACUCCUUUUGUGGCCAAGCAGCGUUUUUAAAUAAACAACUUGCACUUUC